ACCACUGCACAGAUUCAGAGUGGUUGUCCAUCCCUAAUGAAUCGCAGAAAAAAAUGGUUUCCCAUCAAGUUAUGAAGGACUCCCAUGGAAAGAUCAAAUUAAUGAUCCAGACACAUCUGACUGUGGAGCAGAAGCUUCAUUUUAACUUCACCUGUGAAUUCUCUACAAAUUCUAGUCAGCUUUGUGGGCAACAUGGGCUUUCAGCACACUUCCCUCAAUGCACCUGCACCCUUCUUGACAAUCUUCUUACUGAUGCCAUUGACGUCACCAUAAAGAUCAACCUUGGUAAAGCUAAGCUGACAGAGCAAAGAAAGCUAAUCAACUGUUCUAAUAUUCAUGGACAACCAGGUCCAAUUUUGUGCCUACUGUGUAUCAGAGCUGGGUGUCAAUGGAUAGGGGAUAGCUGUUCCUGGGCCAGUCAUCUUGCUCAAUAUACCCAGGACCAUAUAUGCCCAAAGAUGGAGGCUGGGAUGAACAUUUCUAUGCCAGAUAUUGGAUCCAUUACGCCUAGUGUUGUGUCUCUUUAUGGGAAAAACCACGCUUUGUUGUUAGGUCAUCACCUCAGCAACGUCAUCGGAGUGAGAAUCCAGCCGCUCAUGGAAUGUAGUCCACAGGAAUGCCCUGUGUGGAACAAGACUGGUGUCAGCUUGACUUUCCAUAUCCCGUCCACUGAAACUAAGAGAGUGGUCAAAGUGUGUCUUCUUCUACCAGAUGGUAGUUGCCAUGGAAAUGCAACAAUCACCUAUCAGUCAUCACCAGUCUGCACUGACAUUGUACCACGGAGCAGCUGGAGGAGUGGGAAGAGGAAAGUUAAACUCAUUGGGACACACCUGGAUUUUGUGGAGGGGAUGAUACAGAGCCAUGCCCACCAGCAAGUGUCACUUCCCGGGAACAGGAGCUUCCAGAUGCUCACCUAUGAAACCCCUGCUGCUGGAAACACCCAGAUUUGUAGCAGUACCGUGUUGAUGAGAGUAGCCAAUAAAACAGUGGCCUGCUUGGUAAACCUAACUUACCAUCCUGAUCCGGAGUUUACUGGCUUCACCACGGAGAAGCUGGCACAUGAUACACAAAAAUGUGGAUAA